GUGAUCCGAUUGGAUAUAUCCGAAGUGUGACUCGACAAAUCGAAGCAGAAAUGCAGCAAAGCGAUUGUACCCGGAGCAGAAAUAUCGAGAGCAGUUCAGAGGGUUUCUGUGAACAGCAGGAAAAGCGGAUGCAGUUGUGGAAUUAGUAUAGCCCCAGUGACAGAAGGAGGACAUUGCAUUGAAGGGAGGUUUGGGCGAUCGACCUUAGGGAUUCAGGAAACUUUGCAAAGCUGCACCUUCUCUGAGGAACCCAGUGGACAUUUCACUUGUAGGGGAGGAUAAGACGUCGAGUUUAUCGCAAACAGGCAUCUUCAAUAGAUUGACCACAAAAAAACAGCAGCCUUUCAGCCGAACAGUUUGGAUAAAAUCCAAGCUGAGGCCGAGUUUAUUUUUCUGUUUGCCUCAAGUAUAGAUUUGUGUGUGUGUGUUCUGUAUUGUUUAAUGACCUGAGAGUUUUUUUUAUUUGAGACUUGGCAAAGUCUACCUCACUGCCGUAUAGCGUGACUCUGUGGAAGCACUUUCCCCUGGGGACAUGUCCAGCGCCAGCCUACCUCCUCUGCGAAACCUGCCUCAGUGGUCCCGCGUCGGGACCCUCGAGAGAAGCCGCUACCCUCGCUCUUUCUUCCAGGAUAGUAAUGUCAAGCACCUCCCUCUGUCUCCUAGCGCAAAGACGGCUAAAACCGAAGUUCCCCAGCAGCUCAACCCUCUAUACGAGCAGCGGGAAGUAGAUCCCAACCUGAGGGUAAUCACCUUGGAAAGGAAUCUCCAGUUCCUCCAGGAACAGCACUCGGCAACUCUGGAAAAACUGCACGAGGAAAUUGAACUGCUUAAACGAGCGAAUCAAGAUCUCAACUUUAAGAUGAUAAUGAACCAAAGGCUGACCCCUCAAGCAGGGAGUUCAUCGUGUAUUAGUCCAAAUGGUUCAUUCACAGCUACUGCCCAAUUGAGUUGCAGAGAUCAUUCUACAGGUAGAAAGCAUUCUCAGAAAAGUAGCCAGCGUCGAGCUGUACUGCAGGAAGAUCGGGUCAAGGAGCAAAGGACUGCACUGAAAGAGCCACAGAAGCACAGCUCUGCUCGCCGUAAGCUCUCCACAGAGGCAGCUAACAGAAGGAGCAGUGGGACUGAAGCCUCCCAGCAAUCCAGUUCGGUAUUACCUGUGCUGACUCUUCAACCAGAAUUGGAUGAGGCACAGAUGUUCAUUAUAUCGCUCACUCCCCUUUUGAUCCAGAUUGAUCCUUCUGGGUCACCUCGGGCUCCGACAUUGCAGGAAUGUGCCAUCAUCGUCCGACACUUGCACAACACCAGCAGCUUACAGUCUCAGGAGCUCCUACGUUUGAAGACGAGUUUGAAAGAUCUGCUGUACUCCAACAAAUGGACCCCGGAUGCCUACCUCCUCGCCAAGGCUUACCUCGCUGACCUGAGCCAAGAACGGGAUGUGGUGCAACUGCCUAAAGUGCCCUUGAAAGAACGACCUAAAAAACUGCCUGAAACCGUGCUCCCCACAGCAGACAGAGUGAUUCUCCCUGCACUGAAGCAGACAGUGGGGAAUCGAGCGACAGAACGACAGAGGCGACUGCAGGCCGUGCAGAAGAACCGUUAUCGGAAGGUUCUGCUGUAGCACUCUCACAGACUCCAGCACACAGAAGCUCUAUGGUCACUAGAUUUAUAUCUGCACUUAAUCUGAAACGUAUGCACUCUUGUGGACUUUGUUGUGAAUGGACUGACCGUGUGCAUUUGUU